AAACAGCUCGCCAAAUUGCUCCAUCACUAACCGCCUUGUUUAAUAAAUCUCUGAACACUGGUGUGUUACCACGCGACUGGAAACUAGCAAAUGUUGUUCCCGUUCACAAAAAAGACAACAAAGAGCACGUAGAAAACUAUCGACCAAUUUCGCUUCUUUCGCUUAUUUCGAAAGCAUUGGAAAGAUGCGUGUUCAAUAAGAUCAAAGACCACGUUUUCGAACAGAUUAACAAUGGUCAACAUGGCUUUGUUCCUCGGAAGUCCUGUGUUACACAGCUCAUUGAAGUUUUUGAGUAUAUUGGUCGUGAGCUGGAUCUUGGGAAACAAGUUGAUGUGAUCUACUUGGAUAUGUCCAAGGCGUUUGAUCGAGUAAGUCACAUGCAACUGUUGAAACGACUUCGUAAUUUUGGAUUCGGUGGCAAUAUUCUUAACUGGUUUAGAUCUUACCUCAAGGACCGUCGGCAGCAGACUACACUACUUGGUGCAACAUCAUCAGCACUACCAGUAACCUCCGGAGUUCCACAAGGCUCAAUCCUUGGACCGCUGCUGUUCCUAUUAUAUCAGAAUAAUCUCCCCAACUCCAUCAACCACUCGAAGAUCGCGACGUUUGCUGACGACACAAAGAUUUACAAGGUGAUAAACGCGAAGGCUGAUGCAUCCGCUAUGGAGAAUGAUCUUGCUAAUUUCCAAACCUCCUCUGCCAAUGCUAAUCUUCUCCUCAACACAGAUAAAUGUAAGACACUUCGAAUUACUAGAAAACGCAACAAAAUCGACCAUACUUACAAGUUGCAAGAUUCCGCUCUGAAAACCACAGAUUGCGAACGUGACCUUGGCGUCUGGACCUCCUCCACCCUCACAUGGUCGAAACAAGUCCUCCACCAGUGCGCCCAAGCCAACAAAUCCCUCGGGUAUAUUCGACGGUCCACGAUCAAAAUCAAGACCAUCUCUGUUCGUCGGACUCUAUAUCUUACCCUCGUUCGUUCCCACCUCGCAUACGCGUCCCAAGUUUGGGCUACACAAACUGUUGACCUCAUUAAGCGUACAGAACGCGUUCAACGACGUGCGUCGAAGUACAUAUUGAACCUACCGUUCUUCUGUGACAUCAACUAUAACCAUCGUCUCUCAACAUUAAAUAUACUACCUCUGUGUUACUGGCACGAGUACCUAGACAUAUUGUUCCUUUUCAAAUCACACCAUGACAUUAUUAACCUAAGCAGCGACAUACUACCUCACCCUCAAAAUUCAAGUCAACGUACCCGAUCUACAAACCCUAACUGUCUACAAUUUCAGACUUCAGCAUGCAAAACAUCUACCUAUCAAAAAUCAUAUCUAAUAAGGACUACUAGAGUCUGGAACACACUGCCAAUGGAUUUAACUAUUAAUAGCAUGGCAACUUUAAAGGACUUUAAAAAUAAGUUAUUAAUCUAUUAUAAAACAGCACUUUAUAAAUGUUAUGACGUUGACGAUCCACGAACAUGGAAAUCGGUUUGCUUAAAAUGCAACCAAGCUCGCGACCUGACAAGGCCGAUAACGUGUUGUUUUUAGAUUUAGUUUUCAGAAGUACCUUUUCACAUUGGUAUCUAUGGGGCCUAUUCAGGUUUUGCUGAAGGUUUAGGAUUGUGAGGGUUUCAAACGUCUUCUGACUCAGUCAGCUUCCAAAAAUGGAAGUGGUUCUGCGGGUCGCAAUGUGAAAAGAGUUGCAUCUGAUAGUUCGUUAGUAAUUGAUUCUUUCUAUGUACGUAUAUAGUGUAUUUGUCUAACAUUUAGGGAUCGCAGUAAUUGGCGCAAGCUGUUGCGAUUGCCCUGCCAGUUUUUUUGUGUUAACGUUGUUUAAAUUUGGCAAAGUUAAUAAAUUAAACUUGAGCUACUCGAGCUAUUCUCAACCGCAACGAUAUUUCAAUUAUAUUUUAUAUUGUUCAAAUACGAUAGUAAAUUACUUGCCAUGAUUGAUGACCCUUUUAUAAUAUAUAAGUAUGAUAUAUUGAUGACCCUAAAUUAUAUGACUCGACUAAUAGCGUGUACCAUUUAGUAUAAUAAAACAUUAAAAAAUAGGUACGCUAGGCGUACAUGUAUCUGCGCAAAGGAAUUCCAUAGUUGCUAUGAAAAAAAAUUCAUUCACAAUUAUUAUAGUAAACAUUUAUAUUUCGAAGUAACUAUACAGCCGGCUAUUUAGUAAACUGCUGGCAAUGUAGUGACUAAGAAAAAAAAGCUAAGUCAGACAAAACACAACCCGACGGGCGUUUCACUUUCCGCACGCAGCGCCUAUACCGUAUACUCUAACGGCAAGCUCGUUAAAAGCUAGCGCAAACAAAAGUUUUUUAUAUUUAACUAUAGUCAGUAUAUAGCCGGCAGUUUACUAAAUACCUGGUUGCCGGCAGUAUAGUCACUUUAUCGCUUCCCUUAAAUUUAAUCCAUGCUAAUCUACUCUGUCAGUUUCUUGUCAUGAUGAGCUCUGUUUUCUGUGCGUAGGCUUUUGCGCAAUAAACCAAUCGUACACCAAUUGGAAUAAUUAUGGCAAUGUGCGUUAUAAGCACAUGCCGGUUUAUUAAUUUUUUGUAAUGAAUAACAUAAUUAUUAAUAUAACAAAUUAUUAAGGAAACUAAUGUUCGUAAAAGUAAUUAUUAAGAAAAUUGUUCGCACAGAAAAGGUUCGUAAAAUUGUUGCGUGUAGGUUGGCUCUUAGAUUGAAAACGCGAUUUAUUAAAAUUCUGCGCACGGAUCCAAAGUUCCCAAUGAGUUGAACCCCAAGGCAUUUCAGACGGUUUGUCGUAAAUUACCACAGUAUGGUAUCCGUAUAUAGGAUAUAUUGUGUACAAUUUCAAGGUUACCACAGGGAGCCCAAGCGUUGAUCUGUAUUAGUGUUGUAUGUUUUUCAGUUUAUUUAUUUUAUAUAAUUAGUGUCUUUGCCUUUUAAUUGAAUUAUAACACUGAAUUACACUAAUAAGUCAUAUAAUAAUAAUACUCCUAUAGUCGAACUUAUAAUAAUAACAACAUAUAAGUUGAUUUGUAUUUGUAUGUUUUUCAGUUUAUUUAUUUAAGAUCUAAUGUAGAAACGGUUUUGACAUUUUCAUAGCUUUAUAAUUUAUGUUAAUUAGUUUAUUAAUUAUAUAAUUCAAUUCACUUUCAAACAGGAUUUUUCAAGAGGUUUACUUUAUUUUUAACAACGUUUCGGAGAGUUUUACUGUCCGUCAUCAGGUUAUUACAACUUUGUAAAUGUUGACGUGUACAAACUAAUUUAACGUUCGUUCUACGCAAGCUUAAUUUCAAACUAAAAUGCACGCGCACGCGCGUGUCUGUUCUCAUUAUCGAAAUAUCUGUCUAAAAUAGGCCUCCAUACUGUCAAUGACUCAAAACUGUUUAAUACUUUCAUACCACGAUGUAUUUCCCUGAGAGACUCUAUUCCUUUCUUUCACCUUUCUUUGUCUCAAACCACUUUCUUUUGCCACAACACUUGUAUUUUCCCAAUCAACUCCACUUAAACAAUUCACAUUGUGUCACGCUAAUCCCCCGUCUUCCUUUCCCAUUCGUUCAUUCGCCAUUGUCAGGUUCCCGUUUUUCAUAUCUUCAUUCGUCAGUCUCACUUUGCUUUCAUGUUCCUUUUUUCUUGUCUUCAGUAAUCUCCACGUUUCUCCAACAUACGCUGCCUUGUACACAACUAAUCUUGUACACAACAUCUUUCUGCUUCUCACGAAGUGGUUGUUGGGAUCUGGUCUUUAGAUCUUUGACUUUCUUUCCUGAUUUGAAUGCCGUUUGAAAAGAAUGUUUCAAAGCUACUCUCUUAAACUGUUCUGAUAUUCCGCGAACAUACGGUACUAUCACCUUUCCUCGAUAUUGUUGUUCUUCCAUUUCUCUUUCACCCCGUACAUUCUUAAAACAUCAUCUUCCUGAUCUUCCUUGGUGAACACAAUAACCCCCGGUUUGAUAUUGUUGAGGUGUUCACGUAUUUCCUCGGAUUGUCCUUUCUUGCAUUUCAGUUCACUGUCAUCUACGUACCAAUACCAUUGGUCCAGUGGGUAUGGGGAUGUUUCCAUUGCCCGUAGUUGAAACUCUUCCAUGUAUAUCAUGGCAAUUUCUCCUGUUGAUCCUAAGCCAAUUGGACCACUUCCUAAGACAUAAUGUUUUCCAUCAAAUUCACAAUAGGCCAAACCAAACAACCACUUUAACAGUUCCGUUAUUGAUCGCACACUUAGGUCAGUUAUGUUUUUCAAUGUUCUGCAAUCAUUUAACAAUUUCUCUACUAAUCUUAAAGCUUCGUCUAUUGGAAUGGAUGGGUACAGAUUCUUUAUAUCAUAAUUAACAAGCACUUCAUUUCUUUCCACACGCCAGUUCUUUAUUUUUUCUUUCAAUUCCCGGGAAUUCUUUAUAUAAAGACCACUCCUCCCUUGAAUCGUCCUUAAUAUUGGAAUUAGAUAUCUUGAUAACUUCUCGAAAGGUGAUCCUACUGUCGAUACUAUUCCUCUCAUUGGAACAUCUUCUUUCUGAAUUUUAGGUAAUCCCAAUAAUCUCGGAGUAUGACAGUCUUUCGGUUUUAAGCGAUCACCUUCUUCCUUUGUUAUUUCAUUUCUUUUCACAAUAUUGUCUAUAACGGUUGCUCCGUCCCUACUAACUUUCUCCGUUAAAUCCCAGUCCUUUUUUUAUCUUAUUGAGGGCUUCGCUUUGAGGUCAAUCAGUACUUUUUUCAUUUUAUAUUCAUAACUGCCCUCGCCAUUAAUACUUUCCCAUCGAUCCAUAGCAAUCAUUAUUCGUUCUUUAUCUGCUGGCAGAAAUACUUUGUUCUUAUCUUGUAGAGCUUUUUUCUUUCCAUCUCUUUCUUGAUUAACAUUGUUGACUUUAAACUUGAUCUAAGCAAUGUGAAUUCACAUUGCGAAAACAUUGCACAUCUUGAUGAAUUAGUGCAUUGCUAUGAUGACGUACUUUCACGUAUUUUAAAUACCCAUGCUCCUGUCCGAAGAAAGCUAAUGAAAGUUAAGCGUUCAACUCCUUGGUACAAUGAAGAACUAAGACAAUUGAAAGUAAAGCGUAGGAGACUAGAGAGAAAGAUGCGGAAAACAAAAUUAGAAGUAGAUUGGACUGCCUAUCGGAAAAUAUGUAACCGAUAUUGUUACUUGUUGAAUAAAGCCCGAACCGAUUAUUAUACUUCCCUUAUCAGUGAUAGCUCCAACGAUCCAAAGAAUCUUUACAGAAUUGUGAGCUCCCUUUGUAAUACACCGCAUGAAGAUCCCUUACCACCUCAUGACGAUCUUGGUCAAUUAGCAAAUAGGUUCAACGAAUAUUUUUUCCGCAAAAUUGAAUUGAUUAGGGAAAAUGUGGACAGUAUCCAUGUCGAUCCUCCGUUAGUGCAUUACCGUAACCCUGAAGUCAAAUUAAAAUCUUUUGAGAUACUUUCUUCCCAGGAUAUUCAUGAUGUUAUUAUGCAAUUGUCCAGUGCCAGCUGCAAGCUUGAUCCGAUCCCAUCAUGUCUUGUUAAAAUCUGUUGUCUGGAACUAAUUCCCUCUAUCACCAAAAUUGUAAAUUUAUCCUUGCAGGAGGGUCGUGUCCCAGAUCACUGGAAAAUUGCUCUGCUGAAACCAAACCUGAAAAAGUCUAGCUUGGACCCAGUAUUUGAGAACUUUAGGCCUGUGAGCAAUCUGUCAUUUCUUUCUAAGAUCACUGAAAAGGCAGCCGCCAACCAAUUGCUGAACCAUUGUGAAAAACAUGCACCUCUCCCUAUCUGUCAAUCUGGCUUCAGGAAAUAUCAUUCGACAGAGACGGCUCUGCUAAAGGUGCAAAGCGAUAUUCUUUUGAGUAUGGACAGGCAGGAAGUGUGUUUUCUUGUGCUCUUGGACUUAAGUUCAGCGUUCGAUACAAUUGAUCAUAAAACUAUCAUUGACGUAUUGGAGUAUCAAUUUGGAGUGACGGAUAGGGCUCUUGAAUGGAUUAAAUCAUAUCUAUUGAACAGGAAACAGAGAGUUGAUCUGGAUAACAAUUUUUCUGAAGACUACGAUGUUAAGUACGGAGUGCCUCAAGGGAGUUGUCUUGGCCCCAUACUUUUUCUGCUUUAUGUAUCCCAACUAUAUGACAUUAUUGACAGGCACUUACCCUCUUCUCAUGGAUAUGCUGAUGACACGCAACUCUAUGUAUCCUUUCGCCCAGAUUGUGAAGAUAAUUCAGAAAGUACCCUAGCCGCACUGGAAGAUUGUAUUUCUGAUGUGCGUACUUGGCUGUUGUCUCAUAAAUUAAUGUUCAAAGAUUCGAAAACGGAAUUUCUUGUAAUUGGUACACCACAACAACUUUUGAAAAUAAACAUUGAAUCCGUUAACGUUGGUGGGGUCCAAAUUAAGCCGGUUGAUAGUGUUCGAAACUUGGGAUCUUGGUUUGACAAGCAUAUGUCAAUGUCAGUUCAUGUAGGCAAGAUGUGCAGUAAAGCAUUCAGAGGACUUUAUAAAAUACGACAAAUUAGAAAAUUUUUAUCUACUAAUACAACGAAAACUUUGAUACAUGCUUUCGUGACAUCACACGUGGACUAUUGUAAUGCUCUGUUGGCUGGCAUACCUCAGUAUCAAGUCCAGCGAAUUCAGCGAGUUCUUAAUGCCGCUGCUAGAUUAAUCUACCACUGUCCAAGAUUUUCCCACAUCACCCCAGUUUUGAGAUCACUUCACUGGCUACCGGUAAAAUUCCGGGUGGAAUUCAAAAUUGCUUUACUGGUUUACAAGGCUCUUAAUAACAUUGCCCCUAUCUACAUCUCUGAAAUGCUUAUCCCAAAACAAUCAAGUGAUCGCUGGACAUUACGAUCGGAUGGUCAAGGUCUAUUAUACAUCCCGAAAACAAACUGUAAGACUCUAGGAGAUCGGGCUUUCGCACAUGCUGCUCCACAAUUAUGGAAUUCUCUGCCUCUGGAUGUCAGGAACUGUGAAAACAUUUCUGUGUUUAAGAAACGCUUGAAAACAUUUCUUUUUAAUAAGGCUUAUAACCCUUUAUAG